AGUCUGAGGGACAACAAGACACUUGUAGAUGGAUGCUGGAAAAGAAGCAAGGAGUGGCUCGCUCGACGAUCAUGUGACGCGGGUUUGAGCAUGCGCGCAACGGCUUGGAACGGAACGGAGUAUGCUCAGUGGCGCUCUGAGGAUGUCGUCGACCAAAAGGCUGAAGCUGAUUGAUAUAGGAGCAAAUCUAACAGAUGCAAUGUUUCGAGGCAUUUACCACGGGAAGCAAGCCCACAAAGCUGAUUUGACUGGUGUACUGGACAGGGCAUUUGACGUCGGACUUGAAAAGAUCAUUGUGACUGGUGGAAACUUGGAGCAAAGCAGACAGGCUCUAGAUCUCGCCAGAAUAGAUGACAGGCUGUACUGUACAGUUGGCGUCCAUCCAACCUACUGCUCACUGUUUACUGACCCAAACAAUGGCUGUGAAGGAGACCCAGACAGAUAUCAAGAGGAGCUGCUUGUCCUCGCCACCUCGACCCGAGCCAAAGUUGUUGCCAUAGGCGAAUGCGGACUAGAUUUUGAACGGCUUCAGUUUUGCCCCAAGGAUGUUCAACUCCAGUAUUUUGAAAAGCAACUAAUACUAUCUAAGAAAACAGGCCUUCCCCUCUUUCUGCACUGUAGAAAUGCAUUUCCAGAAUUCAUGGGGAUUUUAGAAAAAAACAAAGAGAUGAUUGUUGGAGGAGUGGUGCACUCUUUCGACGGGACGUUGGAAGAAGCGCUGACGGCCAUUGACUUCGGCCUAUACAUGGGAAUAAACGGAUGGUAUAGGGGAAAUUCUGCCAACAAUUCAACCAUAAUACCUUUUUACGUCACAGUUCGCUGAAAACAGAAGAAAAUCUUGCAGUCGUGAAACGACUGCCUCUAGAGAAGCUAAUGAUAGAAACUGAUGCCCCUUGGUGUGACAUAAGGCCUUCACACACCAGCUACGAGUAUGUUCGGACGCAGUUUUCCAGCAAAAAGAAGGAGAAAUGGGAGCAAGGAACCAGCAUAAAGGGCCGCAAUGAACCUAGAAACAUCAUGUAUGAUUGUAAUACAACCGGUAACAAGAGUAGUUACUGCAGUUUCCAUUGCUCCAAAAGAAUUGGUCCCGAUUGUGGUGGCGGCUACCUUAUGGGGUCCCUAUAUACUGGGCUGGAAAACAUGUCCGUUUCCUCUGUGACAAUAUGGCUGAUAAAAAAACUGCCAUAAUAGGUGGACAAGUAUUGCUUAUAAUAGAGAACCAGCCUUAGCAUAAAACUUGACACCUUCUCAAGUGUUUCUGGUAGCAUUUAUAGAGCGAUACAUUGACAUCUUGGGCGGAGUAACCGACUGUGUGGUAGGUCUCCUAACCCCCUCCCCUACACAGUUUGCUGUCUCUCUGACCGGCUCUUCAACGAGCAAUUUGUUUUGCCUUUUCUGUCGCAGACAAAGUUGCAAUUUGUCCUCCCUUUCGAAGUGUCUAGUUUCGUAUGACACUGGUGUGUGUGUAUAUAGGAACAAUUAGCAUACAUACAAUUAUUUCCAUUUUUGCAUACUGAAUUUGCACUGCAGACAAGUUUUAGAAGUUGUGUCAGCACUGCACGAGAAGCCGUCGUCUCAAGUUGCGGAGCAGAUAUACAGAAACACUUGUACUCUUUUCAACUGGCCAUCCUAAAGAUUUAGUUUUUUGUCUGCUAUUGUAGAAGGAAAUCUGUGGUAUAUA